AUGCAGAAAGAUGCCGCCCCCGAAGUGCCUGCUGGCGAUGUCACCACAAGACGAUACCACGAAAGUGACGCAGAAAGAGAGUUUCGCAUCCAGAGAGGCUUCCCAGAAUUUGAAAAAGACAUGCCGUCCUUAGGCGACAGAUUCAAGUUCUCGCUCAAGGACAAUUUGACGUCCUACCUUGGCUCCAAGAACCCGUUUUAUGCGCCCGUGGACCCGCAGAAGGACUACGUGUGGCUGCUCGACAAUACCGCCUACCAGAACAGACUGGGGAGGUGGAAGGCCGAAUAUGUCGCUUGUUAUUUCGUCAAAAACAGCGGAAAGGACCUUUCCGCGGUCGUAGGCUGGGUUGCCGACAAGGUUGGGCUGGCCAAGGACGAGCAGGCCGAGGCCACCAUCGAGAAGAGGAUACAGCCUUUGCUGGACCAGAUUUUACCGGCGCAUUCCGUCACAGUCGACCUUCAGGGCAUGGAGGUUCGUCUGGGCCCAAGCGGCCGCGACGGUAUCAGUACCGACGAGAUUGCCAUUCCUGGGCACGGUUACAAGGAUGGAGAGGUCAUCACUUCAAAGGCUGUCAAUGCUGACGCCACGCCAAUCAACACUACCUUUGCCACUGCGAAAGGCUGGGCCAUCAUCAGCGACGUCGAUGACACGAUCAAGAAGACUCUGACCAGUUCACCGGUCGGUAUCUUGAAGACAACCUUUGUAGACGACCCAGAGCCCAUCCGAGGAAUGCCAGAGCUAUACAAGCAUCUUAUGCAGAAACUUGAUACUCCACCAGUAUGGUACUUGUCCGCCUCCCCUUACAACCUCUACCCCUUCCUGCGCCAAUUCCGCGAAACCUACUUUCCCGCUGGUACCCUCGUUCUCCGCGACGCCUCGUGGAUGAACCUCGCCGGCUUCCUAGCAAACCUCACCCAAGGCACAGAAGCCUACAAAGUCGACCGGAUGGAGAAGAUCUACGAGUGGUUCCCAAAGCGCAAGUUCAUCUGCAUCGGCGACAGCACCCAGAGCGACCCCGAAGCUUACGGCGAGAUGUUCCGCAAGCAUCCCAAGUGGAUCGGCGCCAUCUACAUCCGAAAGGUGGUGGAUGUUGCGGAGACGAAUGAGAGCGAGAAGAACAAGCCGGAGCGGUUCGAGAAGGCCUUCAAAGACGUGCCGAGGGAGGCGUGGCAUGUGUUUGAGGAUCCGAGUGAGCUGUACGCCAAGGUGGACGCACUCGUUGCGGCGGCGAAGUGA